UUUUCUUAUGGGCUUAAACAAAACAAAGUCCAAAUCGUAACCCUCGCACCAAGAAAACGAAAUUUCUUACGUAAUCCCGUCCCAUCUAUAUCCCUCCUGGGUUUUCUCUCUCUUACCUGACAACUUGAUAAUCUGAGCUUCGACUCACCGACUCGACUCGACUCGACUCGGCCCGACUCCGCCAUGGCGGUUCAGUUCAAAUUCCGAAGCUCCAUGAACUUCGACUCGGUCGAUAUCGACGGCCGAACGUCCAUAGCAAUUCGCGAUCUCAAAUCGAAGAUAAUUCGCCACAAGAACCUCAAUAUAUGCCAAGACACCGAUCUCGAAUUCUCUGAUGCGACAACUGGUCAAGAGUACACUGACGAGAAUAUUCAAAUUCCGCGUGGUUCUAGCGUGAUAAUCAAGAGAGUGCCCGCAGGAUCAGUUCAUGCGGAUGUUGGCAAGCCUCACUUCAACUCAUAUCAGAAUCUUCAUAGCAAGGACUCUGUGAAUGUUAAAUCACUUGUUUCAGCGAAUGUGGAGACUGUUGACUUUGAUGACUUUGGGGUUGACUUGUUUCCCAUUCCUAGAGAAACCUUUUUCAGUUCUGAUAUGGAUGCGGACAAGGAUACCUGCAUCCUUGAUUAUGAGCCAAAUACUGACAUCAAAAGAUAUUCAGAGCAAGCUGUGGGAGGAGGCCGUAAGCUUGAAGCAAGUGGCCUUAGUGAUGCUAUUCCAGAAGGUCAUGUACAUAGUGGCGUUGAGCACACCGUACCACAGACAAAACCAAAUCCUGCCGAAGACAUGAAUCUGGAAAAGUUGGGUAGUGUGAAUCCCAUAGAUACCCGGCAUGCUGAUUUGUCAUCAGAGCUGAAAUGCUCUUUAUGCAACUCAAUUUUCAAGGAGGCCAUGAUGAUACCAUGCUGCCAGCACAGUUUUUGUGAGAAAUGCAUUUGUCAAGUGCUGCUUGAGAAGGCUAGAUGUCCGAAGUGUUUUUCGACUAAAUGCAGAGUUGAUGAUUUGCUACCGAAUGUAUCACUUAGGCAAGCAAUUGAGCAUUUCCUAGAAUCUCAAAAUUUAAUCACUGGUCCAGAUAAUGAUUGCUGCCAAUAUGCUCCCGAUGGCGAAUCUGGAAUUCAGGCAAAAGAUGUGUCUUGUGGUGGUUGUACCUUACAAAGAGAGUCAGAGUUGCCUCAUUCUCCUGAAACAGGGAUGGGAUCUAAUCAUUUCUUCGCAGAAUCUGCUCAUAUCCCAGCCUUCAAAAAAGAUGCACCUAACCAUUUGGGUGCAAAAAACUUUCUAAAAAGACAUGGUUCUACUCGUAUCGUACCUGAUGGCUUGGCAGCCUUUGAUGAUUGCCAAGGAGAAAGCAAGCCUAUGCAUGAGGAAGCUGAACCCACAAUAAAGAAAAAGAGGCCACCUUGGGUUUGCACAGCAGGUGGUGACAAGAGUUUCUUGGGGACUGGAAAGCACAGAAAGGGGGAACGUACCUGUUACAUGUGUGGGGCUCCAGACCAUUUCAUAAGAGACUGUCCAGUUGCUUCAAGUCCACAUCCUAUGCUUCAUGCAGGAAAUGCAAUCUUUCCAGGAGUUAUGCCAGGUUAUGUACCAUCAUACUGGAAUGGGGCUCCCUCGCCUCAUGCCCAGCCCUUUAGAAAUCCAUAUGGAAAUCAUGUGAUGACUGCUUUUGAUACAAGUCUGGUCCCUCCUGCUCCUUUUGCUGCUCCUACAUACAUGGCAUCUAUGUAUCAUAACUCGUUUCCUGCCUUUGGUGGAUAUAUGAGGAUGCGAGGUGUCACUCCUCUUCGAGGAAUGGGUGAAGACUGCAAUUUAACUCAUCCACAGUUCCCGGAUCUUCAAGGUCGGGAAAAGAGAAGAAAAUUUUCAAAUGAGAAUUCAAAGAGAGAACAAUCUCAUGAUGGUGAUGAAGACUCUGAUUUAAACAAGAGGCGUUACUGUACUGGGACAGAAAGAUUGCAUGACCAUAAAUCUUGUAUAAACAAAGAAAAGAGUACAAGUUACUCUGAGGACGGCUCUACGAAAGGGUCCCAGAGGCAAUAUCGGCAUCAUAAUCACACAGAUGAUGACAUGCUCUCAAUUGAUGGUCAGCGGAAGAGUUCUCAUUUGGUGGUUGGUGGUAGAGAUCAGAAGCAGUAUCAUCGCACAGAGAGAUCAAGUUCAGAAGUAGAUGAUAUGCCAAGUAGCAGUUGCCACAGUGAAGAGAAACACAAAUACCAUCAUAGAAGCUCCAAAAAGUAUAGGGAAAGAGGAGAACCGUGUGGCAGUGGUUCCAGCCGGAGUCAUCAUCAAAGUAUGAGUAAGAAAGAUGAUAACAGGAAAAGGAUUGAGCACGAUUUCAAAAGGCAUAGUCAGAAGCAUCACAGCCACUCAGGAUCCGGCAUAGAACAGAGUGUUUCCAGUGAUAAGAAGUUGCAUAAAGGGAGCAGUCGCAGUUCUAGACAUUCUAAGCACAGUGCAAAGAGUAAUGUUGAUGAGCUGAGUCAUGACAGGUGGCAGAUGGCUAGUGGGUCCGAUGAAGAUGGUGCAGAAGGUUAUCAGUAUUGUAGACGGAAAAGAAAACACUGAAUAGAAGUGCUGAUUUCUGAGGUACAUAUUUGCUUCCCCUCCCCAAAAACACCGCAGGAAGUUUUACCGAAGGCCAGAGAAGCUGCAAUGACUUCGAUUGCACCAAUGAAACCCAACACAGCAACACAAAAAUAGUGACCAAGCAACAUUGGCAAAAAUUAAUUAAGAAGCUGCAGAUAAAAUAUUUAACAGGCAAUGCAAGUUGCAACAAACUUGUUCUAUCGAUUAAGGGCUAUGGAUAAUAUGAUGGACAAUAUGAACCAUCCCAAUAUGAAGUAUCCCACCAAUCUUGUCGGCCCUGGAUCAUCUGGUUCCUGCAAUAAGUGCUCCUAUCCAUUAUUCAUAUAAAACCAUAGUCUGAACUGAACUUGAAGAACAGAAACUAAAGCCCGACUUUCAAGAAUCAAAACAAAACCAUAAAGAAAUUAACUUAAGAAAAACCUUAAUUUGGACAUGACCAAGAUUAAAAAGAUUAGCAAGUACCUGUACUGGUGGUGGAGUUCCUUCUGCCGGUCUCGUUUUCUCAACCUCAUAAGGCCAAACAUACGUGUCUGGUUUUUCGCUUCUGGCCAGGCUCCAGUCGUAUAGUCUUCGCUCAUCCCCAGAUGACAAGAUUGUAUACGACUCCUAUGCAUACACAUACAAAAUUUCAAUCAGCAGAUGAGAUAUUUUGUUUUUGAAUAAUAAAAACAUAUACAAAAUAAACUGGACUAAAACUGACUUUUAAAGACACCAGAUUCUUGUUCAGCUCCUCUUCAUCUAACCCCUGGUUCUUUAGCUCAUCACGCUUGGCUUUGUACGCAACCAAAACCUGCAUGCUUAAACAGAAACACAUAAACAAAGAGACCAUGGAGAAGAAGAUAGGUGCUUGAAGAAAAUGGUUAAGUUGUGACCUCAUCGUACGAGCAUCCUCUUCGAAGUCCAAGCCUGCCAUAGUGAUCUACAUCUGUAAUUGCUGCAAUUCUAAACCUUUUUUUGGUUAAUUAAGCUCAAAGGGUAACUAAAAAAAACUUGAAUAUUCGAACAUGAAUGGAUGAUCAACAACUCAACACUCUACGUACGUAUGCCGCGAAGUGCUCGUUCCACAUUAAGAGCAGAAAUCAGAGAAGGCGGUUCUUGCGGAACUUCAAUGGAGCUUUGUGAAUCGGCUUCAGUCGUGGCAGUCUCU